ACAUAUUUCGCAUUGAGUAACUUUUUUGUGACAAUGUCUGCAUCUGUUGAUUAAAAUUUGAAACAUAAUAAGCUUCUAAACAAGGUCAACAGUUUUCAUCAACUCACAAUCGACGAAAAUAAUUAGGAAUCUGUGCAGAUUAUGUUUGUGGUUUCAAAAAAUAUUCAUUUUCCAUCUCACAACCAAAGAUACAAGUGCAAGUGUCUGCGAAAAUGAUUCGUACUUUGUUUUUCGCAAUCACAACGUUACAUGAACAUGGAUGACCUAAAAUGUGAAUACACGAAGAAAAAGGAUGCUUCAGACUGUCAAAAAGAGUGUAAAGUUAAGAAAUUAUAAUGUUUUGUGCAUGGAUUGUCAUCAAUCAUGAACUGAAUUGAAGUAACGCAUAACGAUCGGUGAUUCGUUGAAUCACAAAAGUGAAAAUGUGAUGUGUCAAACUGAUUGUUUACCUCGCGGACAGGUGAGCGGUUUGUAGAAGUGGUACGCGAGGGCGGCGGGAGGCGGGCGGCAUGUCGGGCCGCACGAGUCCCGUGAACGGUGGUUACGAGGCCAUGAGCGGGGAGCCCGCUAUGAGGCUCACUGUCCGCAAGGACCUAUUUCCUGAGGUGCGCCUGCCAAAGAUCACGCCUGUCGUACCUGAUGCGGCCACGACACCAGAAGAUGAUGAUGCAGUUUCUUGUGUUAAACUUGAAACUGACUUUGAGGAAAGCAUUGAUGAAAUUGCCAAGCAAAAACUGCAGGUGGCCAAUGGGGCCCUGCAGUCUUCACGGUCUCGUCAUAGGAAACAUAAGCAGCAUUCAAGACGUGAUUCAGACCAAUCAACACUCAAUGGUAGUCUUCCUUCAGAACGAAAACGCAGAAAAAGCAAUAGGUCUCAUAGUAAAAUGCAUUCUAAAGUGAAAGGUGGUAAAAAUUUCAAUAUAGUGAGUAGUAGUGAGUGUCAAAAUGAUGCAGAAGACUGGGUUGCUGCUGAGGUAGAACAAGAUAGUGAAAGUUCAGAAGAUGAAGUGCUCAAGUGCAGUGUAAAGUUACCAUUAAUCAAUUUGCCUCGUCAGACUGGCAAACCUUACAGUCAUGAACUUAGUCAAUUAUCUUCUAAAAAAAGUAAAAAGGACUCUAAGGAGAGACGGACUUAUACCGUGACGCCUUGUAGUGGUAAACCACGUUCUAUGUUGGGCAUAUGUAGUUCACGUAGCAAAAAGAAGUCGAAAAAGUCAGAGUGUACAGCCACUUAUCGAAGUCAGAUAGUGGAUAUGAACACUAUAAGAAUAAAGAUCAAAAGGACCAGUGUUCAUGCCCCUAUUGUUACACCAACACCAGCUUCUAUUGCCGAUCUUGGCCAAAGAAAAUCCAAGAAGAAGCGGGCUGCUUCUCCUGUUGUCAGUGAAAGCUCAGGGGAGGAAUAUGAUCCGCGAGGAGAUAACACUGCCUCUAUGAGUGUGGCAACACCUAAGGCCAAACAUUCCCGACCCAAGACACCCAAAAUGCCUAAGGCUAAAAAAACUAAUAACUCUAAAAGUAAAAAAAAGACUGAAACAACUAGUAGAAUUAGUGCAGCUGAAAGAAAGGACAUGGGACCCCAAAGUCCAUGGGCAUCGAUGCCCGAAGAAGUUCUUGUCAAGAUAUUUGAAUAUGUUGUUGCUUCACAAGGGACCUUACCAACUGUUAUAAGACUGGGGAGGGUUUGCAAGUUAUGGCACAGCGCUAGUUGCAAACCUGAAUUGUGGAAAAACGUAGACCUUGCAUCAUACACAAUAGAAAAAUGCAAAACAGACUACAAACUCGUUUGGCUUCUUGAGAACCGACUGUCACAUUGUCAAAGUUUAAAUAUAUCUCAAUGGAAAGUGUGCAAUGUAUCGUGGGUAUUGGCAUGCGUAGCGGAGUACUGCAAGAAUCUGAUGGAGCUGAGUGUGGCCGGGUGGAGUCGCAUCACGCCCGAACAACUGUAUGAGCUGAUGCAGGGACUGUCGAAGCUGCAACGACUGGAUUUGUCACUAACGUCUGAGACAGGCGGUUCCAGUACGUGCUUGUCAGCCGCAUCAAUGUCUCGCCUAGCGGAGAACUUCGGCGCGCGUCUGACGCACCUCACGCUGGCCAACAACAAGUUCACCGCGCUGCCGCAGAUCCUGACCUCCGUCGCGACGUAUUGCGCUAACUUGGAAGUUUUGGACAUAUCCGGGGCGAUGGCGACGUCGCAUCCAGCGGCGGUUCCUUUAGAAGCUCUACAGAAGGGAUGCCCUAAACUGCGUGUCUUCAGAGCAGCUAAUUCACAGUUGGUUCUGGCGUCAGCGACCACUUCGCAACAGAUGGAGGCCGGCGGGUGGACGCAGCUAGAAGAGCUAUCUAUAGCGGGGGAAGCCGCCGCUGAGCGCGUUAUCGUUGGAGAGUAUCGGCUCGGGGACGAGGCACUGGCUAGGCUCGUGCGGCACGCGACGCGGCUUCGGCUGCUCGACCUGCGCGGCCUGCAGCGGCUCACUGACUCCGGGCUCGUACGAGUGCCCGCUUGGGACCUGCAACACCUGUUCCUGGGCGGUUGUAACGUGACGCGGCAGAGUAACGCGUGCCUAGAGUUGAUAUGCGAGAAGUGGUCUCACAGUCUCAUCGAGUUGGACCUUUCAUGGGCGUCUGCGUCGCGAGUUCUCGAUGACGCUGUCUCCGCAUUAGCAGAUGCAUCGAAUAGUAAGCUUAGAACACUCAACUUAUGUGGGUCAUCCGUAUCUUUAGCGCCUGUCAAGAAAGUUCUAUUAAAAUGUCCAAAUAUAGAGUCAAUAAAUCUUAGCUCUUGUAGAGCUCUGCCCAGAGGCAUGAAACGCUUAUACACCGGCAAAGAACUACAGGACCUGAAAGAUAGCUUAGAUCCAGUAAAGGUUAAAACCAAAGAAAAUGAAGAAGACGAAAAGAAAGGCGUAGAAAAGACCGAGGCGGAUUCUAAAGCUGCGACGACACCGGAAACUCCUAAAGCAGAAACAUUAGAUAGCUCAUGUGAUAAGGUGGAAGCCAAAUCUCAAGAUAAAUCCGAAUCGCCCAUAUUUCAAGAACCCAAAAGCGUAUCUGAAUGUAGUAACAAAGUGCCAACCGAUAUCACAACCAAGUCCUCACCGGACAGUAAAACUGAUCUGUCUUUUAAUAAAGAUUGCGUAGAACCGGCAAUUUCAUCAGAAGCCAGACGCAUUGUAGGUAAUACUACGCCAAAAUUACUAAGCCCAAUCUCACAACUGAGGCCAGAUUCCUCUUCGACUCCAAGGUCUGAACAGGCAAAGGAUGCUAUGGGAAGCCCCCAUUUCAGUCCUGUCCCGAAACCUGACAGUCAAGUUCAGAACAGCCCUGAAGUGUUACCAGAAUCUAUAAAAAGCAACUCAUGGAAUCUGGGACAGUUCAAAACAACGCCCACACACAAAUCUGAAGCGAGCCCACUCAAUAGAAUAGAUAGUCAUAGCAAAUCCAGGCAUGGAAAAAUGGUUGAACAGUGUAGCCCUACAACGUCAUUAGAAAAUAAACCAAGUCCCGAAACCCUCGGCGUGAAGCACGACAUAAAGAACCCCAAUAGCUGGAGUUACGGAAGUCCAAUGCCUCGGCAAGACCAAUUUUCUUCACAAAGAAGUCCAUAUUCAGCGCAACCGAGUCCCGCCCAACCUAGCCCAUAUUCAACGCAGCCGAGUCCUUACUCGACCCAACCUAGUCCAUAUUCUUCCCAACCUAGUCCAUACUCCGCCCAGCCGAGUCCCGAUACGAGUCAAAUAAUAAAACCGGAAAUUCAGAAAUCUGGAGCGUGGAACUCUGGUAACUUCAGUCCAAUGCCGAAACACCACGCGCCGUUCUCUCCUCAUCCGUCGACGCACACGAGUCCCGACCCUGGCUUAGGAGUAAAAAGUGACAUUCGAAGUAAUCCCAACAAAACUCCCGGUGGCUACAGUCCAAUGUCGAGGCAGGAUCGUCAUCAUCACAGUCCGUACUCGCCUCGGCCGAGCGUAGAGAACGUCGCGUACAGUAAUAAAAAGAGUCCGGGGGUAGCGGGCGGGUACAGUCCAAUGAUGCGAUCCGACUGUCACUUGCCCAGUCCGGAUGGCGGAGGGCAGAGUCGGCAAGCCUUGGGGCGUACGCAAGACUUGUUCGGUCGGACGGUAGCCAAAGUGCCGGAUUUACCAAUACACAACAGCACGCCAGCCCCAGACAUUCCCAACACUUGGGGUAUGGAGAGGUAUAAUCCGCUAAGCACUCCGCCGACGAGUAUCGAGUCUUUAGUGUGGGGCACAUCGUUCGGUACGGAGCCGGCGUUGCCUCGCGUCGACAACGUUCCGGCAACGCUGAACACGCCGCCGGCGCAGACUUGGAACGCGUUACCGCCUUUCGACAGUGGAGUGCGGAGACCUACGGAGGACAUCAGUGAUCCGUGGACUUUAGGUCAGUUUCGAGUGGAACCCCCCCACCAGGUGCAGAAUUUCGUGGAACAGAAUGUGAGUUUCGACUCGCUGAGCGGGCACCUGAGCCACGUGCUGCCCAGCUACUUGGAUGACGGCUUCUCGGAGACUUCGCGCGUGGACUGACGCUCCGAACCUCCCACCCUGCACUUGCACGACCCUCGAAGGUUAGCGUGACAUUGUAAUUAAAUUUUGAACAAUUAUCUUGUAGACAUUGUAAAUAAGAUUAUCUAGUUAGAUGUAAGGGUAACAAAGCUAGGAGUGCAUUGAAUUUAUUUUGCAAUCCAUAGUCUAUGAAAAAAAUAUGUAAUAAGGACAAAUUAUAUUAAGAGUUAGAGAAAUUCAUUGAUGAACUUAGAUAUUGUUGGAUUAUACUCAUGAGUUAGAUUUUAGAAUGAGUCUUUAUUUAAAUGCCAAAAUCUGUUUACAUAAACCGAGGCCAAAAUAAAUAUUUAUUUCAAUUUUAAUUGUUGAAACAUUUAUCUACUCUAUUUAUCAUUUUUUUGUUAUAACACUCAUUAAGUAACAACAGGUAUCUUUAGAGCCGCAGUCAAAUAAAACAUUCCUAAUAUAUAUGAAAUUUGCGUGAUUCAUAUUAUUAAUUUCCAGAAUAUUUACUUAUAACGGUCGUGAUCGUAAUUAAAUAUAUCAUAUAUCAUUAACCUUGAUAUUUGCUUUAUAAUAUGUUGAGAGAGUUCUAACUAAUGAUUGCUAAUAUGAUUAUAAAUUAAUAAAAAAUGAUAUGAAGCUUUAAGUUAAAGCAGCUAGUUGAUUAAAUUUUUUGGGCUCAAUUUUAUUAUUAUAAUGUUUUUGUAAAUACGUUUGCCGAAAUUAUGUCUGUUUGUCUAGGCUUUUCUUCAAAAACUUGAAAAGGAAUUGUUUGAAUAAAAUACAUAAUUUAAUUGUAACCAUUUGAUUCCAUAUUAACUUCAAGACGCAUUUUUCAGAAAAUAUUCUUUAAGUAUAAAAUUUUAGACUGUAAUGGGUCUGGGCUGUGCUUUCUCCAACCCAUGAACUAUCAGAUAAUGCGUUCACAAAAUUAAAGCACGCAUUGAUGCACUUAACAUUACGCAAUAGAGUUUAUCAUAUAUUAAUAGCAUUUCAGACCAUGUGCCCGGAACUCUCAUAGUUGUAUGAAUUUCUUUCUCCCUUUGAAAUAAUUGUCCGACCUAUUUCCAGUUCCACCUAAUAAUAUUAUUCAUCUAUUACGGAUAGAUUUUUUACUAUGUGCACACAGCAGCUCUUUGUGUUAAUCAAAAUUUCGAUUCAAGCCUGCCUGAGUUGAGUUACUUCUGGUAAAAAUAUCAUUAAAUUAAAAUUCUACCUACGUAUGCAGUCCAAAAUCGUGUUAUUUUUUUAUUUUGUGCUAACCUGAUGAGCUGCGUCAGUACUUACAAGAAUUCUUUCCAUCAUUGAAUUGGCCAGUACUUCAAUAGAUAUGUUCAUAACUAUGCUCAAAAUAUAUUUAUAUAGUCUUGCAUGCAUACAAGCAGGCACAGAAAUUUCUUUGACAAAAAGAGUUAUAAAACAGUUGUAACAGUAAAGCCUCUGUCAUACAGUUUUCGUUAGAUUUCUGAUGGUGGUUAUCAAUUCUGUGUUGCUAUUGUUAGAUAAAUUUUAACAAUUGUUAAUUAUAAUAUUGUUCCAGCACUGAAUCGACCUGCCCCGUACCAUGAGCACCGCAUCGUGAUUAAACUCUUAUUUUAAGAAAUGUUACUUUAAGGCCCAUUUGCAGCGAAUUUGCUAAAUCUCGAUUCAACAAGAACUAGCUUUAACCCAUAAAAAACGUCAAUGUCAAUCAGACGUUAUUGUAUGGGAUAUAGCUAGUUUUAGUUGAAUUGAGAUUUAACAAAAUUGCUGCAAGUGGACCUAAAAGAAAUAUCGCAGCUGCGUAUCUAUUUAUUAUCGAUAUAUUCAUUUGUCAAAAAAAAUGAUAAUCGUGUUUCUUGCUAUGGGGACAGGAAGCAAAUACGUAUAUUUUGUCGCGAUAGUAUCUUAUAUCCAAAACUACUUUAUCUAUAGAAUUAUGUUAUCUGAAUUAGACGUUGUGUAUGGCAUUCAUAUUUGAAAACAUACAUCUCUCGAGCUGAUUUUUGUCUAAUAUGUUGCAUUUCCAUGGCACCUUUGAAUCUACCUUUACUGGUUUCAGAACACUUUCGCGUCGACCUAGAAAUAACUGUCCUUGUCAGUUACCUAACAAUAUAGAUACCAAUGUUAAAUGAGUCCUGUAUUCUGUUUUGAAUUGGUUUAAUGUUUUCUCAUAACUGAUAUAUUUUCUCUGUUUAAUCUAUAAUUUAUAUAUACGUAAUUAAUUAUUCACAUUUAACCGUAUAAUUGUGCUAACCGUUACUUUAUAAUCUAUCUAGUGAGACUGUAAUGUGUCGAGAGAUUGUGUACAGACACGUACAUGAUUAAGUUUAUCCCUUACUGACGUAAGAAAUAAACUAAACUAGUAACUAAAUGAAAGCUACUCAUAGUCACAGCCCUACACCAGCUGCAAUUUUUUAAACGAAUAAAUCAAUAACUUCCUCUCAAGUUGUCAGUAAAAUUGAUUUUUUUGUAAUUAGUGGCAUUUUAUUGUUACGUGUCGGGAUGGGGUCCGAAAUUAUAUGCCAGUUCACGCUUGACAAUUCUUUAUUCACCAUACAAUUAUACAGACACUUUACACUAUACCAGUCUUGAAGCAAUCGCACUUGAACACAUUACUUGCACUUUGAUCGCCUUGGUAUUCGUUCCGAAAUCGCUGUUGAAACUCAACUGUCCAUUGCAGGCGCCGAAAGCGUUUAUACACGCCAAUCGACGCAUUUCAGAAAAGUCCAGUUCAGUUGAGAGAAGUCGAGAAAUUAGUGCCUCGUUAUACGUAGGUAAUGCGUAUGAGUUGUAAACAAGUGCAGAUGUCGUUGCACUUUCACCCUUACGUUGCACAGCUUAAGGCUCAUAUAAUAAUGAACCGCAACACUCGGCCUCAAGCCGAGGCGCUCUGGUUAAAUAAAUCUGUUUCCAGUGUGUUCGCGGUUUUGGUUCGAGAGCGUUUGUGACGGUAUGUACAGUCUGGUACAAUCUGGCUUUAAUUAGGAACCCACCAAAGUUUGACUCAACACAGUUUGCAAACACAAUUAACGUAAACGUUAUAAUGCAAAUUUUAACUGCCUGUUUUCAGUCUAUAUACAGCGGUUUAUAAUCUCACUAGAUUAAAAAGAAACGGUUUUUACAAAAAGACGAAUUAUUUACAUUGGAAAGUCAACCAGAAAGGAAUCUCGAAAUGUAUUGGUUGAACAGCUCAAUAUAAUAAGAAAAUUCGUCUAAUUUACAAAAUGCACUAUUAUCUUCCAUCUUUAUGCCAUCUUUAUACCAGAAUUAUAUUCUCCAUACAUUUUUAUGUUUGUCUUUGUGAAUUAUUUUUAUAUGCCAUAUCUAUUUUCGAAUGAAAUCAUAUUGGUACAUAUCUUAUUUUUCUUGGUAUCUAAUUUAAAGAUCGUGUAUUAAUAAUUUAUUUUUUUACUAGUAUUGCUUUUAUAUUUUUACACUAUUAUUAUAAUCAUUUGUUAAUAAAUUAUCAUAUUAUAUUAAUGUUUAUGAUUGAACACUCUUGUUUUUGAUAAUGCUGAAUUUCAACGAAAAUACACAUUGAAUACAAAUUUAUAAAAAAUAAUAUAUUACAUUCAUACAUAUUUAGAGCCAAUUGCAAUGCCCAUUUCCCUAAAUUAAUAUGUUUAUAUUCUUUUUCAUUAAUUUCGAUUGCUUUAAAACUUUCACGAUAAAAGCCAAGUACAAAGUGCUUUGUAUAUAAAACAUACAUUAUGUAACAUAGGUACUUCGUGUUGUAUUUGAAGACCCUUAAAAACCACCAAAUAUUGUUUCCAAGACCUACAUUAGCCUUAUAAAAUGCCUAAUGUUUAACUGAAGAGAAUAUUUUAUAGUUUUAUUAACUUAUUACAAAAUGAAGAAUAUCUACUAUACAUAGAAUGUAUUAUAAUAUUAGGCGAAUAUUAUGUUAAAUAAUCGUGUACCAUAGUAUGUAUAAAAUAAAGUUGACUAAUAAUUGUAAGUUCUGUUAUGUAGAGAUUUUUGUUUGUAAUAUUGUUACAAUACUGCGUGGACUUCUUACAGAUGGUCCAAUUUUUAUAAUCUAACCAAUAAAAUAUCGAUGUGGUUGUACAUUUACAUUUUGAAUAGAAUUACUCUAUUUAUUAAAAUUCUUUUGU